UCUCUCUCUCUCUCUCUCUCUCUCUCUCUCUCUCUCUCUCUCUCUCUCUACAUCAGCAAUGAACACCAUAAACUCCCACCAACAUGCACUGAAGCGGCAGAGAUUAACCAGCGACAACUCGCCCCUCUACAUGACUUCCCUCAUCCAACCUCCUCCUCAUCCGACCACCAAGAAAUUGCUCGGCCUUUCGAUGCCCGUUGAUGCUGACGUGGCAGCCUCGGCCAUCGUGCCAUCAGUCACCGUCGUCCUCGAGGGCCGAUCGAUAUGUCACCGGAUACAACUGACGAGGCACACGCUCCACCGGAUGUUUGUUGAUGUGGACGGUAGAGAUGAGGUGGUGGAGGAGGAGAAGGGGAAGAGUAAGUUGGACGGUCUGGAUUUGUCGAAUGCUGUGCCCGGGUAUAUGGUUGCUUAUGAGGAUUUAGAGGAUGAUCUUCUUCUUGCCGGUGAUCUCAAGUGGAAGGAUUUCGUUCGUGUGGUUAAGAGGAUUAGGAUAAUCCCGGCAAAAGCAAGCACGAGAAAACACUGUAGAGCGAGUAAAUGUGAUUGAGAUGUCACUGUAACCGACUGUGCUGAGUAGUUCUUUUCUAUCAUUUCUCCCUUCAAUUUAAUUAAAUGUCAUCUCUAAUUAAAGGGCGAUUUAUGUAGAAAGCUAUGUGGAAAAUGUGUGCAUGAGACUGAGCUUGAACGGUCGGUAUAAAGGUUGUCUUUUGAAUGAAAAGGAUCUAUGAGUUGCUCCAACUGGGAAAAGCAUGCGUACCAAAUUGUUUCUUUUUUUCUUUGUUUUUUUGGUAGACCUUCUGUAGAGUUCUCUACAUCUUUAAUGUAUUGAUCAAAUAUAACUUGUAUUCUUAUUGU